AUGGCUAUGUCAAAAACUACAAACACCUACAAUCGACAGAACUGGGAAGAUUCGGAAUUUCCAAUACUUUGCCAAACAUGUCUUGGCGACAAUCCUUACGUUCGCAUGAUAAAGGAACGCUACGGCAAAGAAUGUAAAAUCUGUACACGCCCUUUUACAAUCUUCCGGUGGUGCCCCGGAGCUAGGAUGCGAUUCAAGAAGACGGAAAUCUGCCAGACAUGCAGCAAGCUGAAGAACGUUUGUCAGACAUGCUUGUUAGAUCUAGAGUACGGUUUGCCAACACAAGUGCGAGACGCUGCGCUCAAAAUUCAGGACAAGAUUCCAGAAAGUGACGUAAACAAAGAAUUCUAUAUUCAGAACAUUGAAUCACAGCUGAAGGCUGGUGAUGACAAUACGGUUGCCGCUGGAACGGUAGGCAAAUCGUUGGCGGCAAGCGACAUGUUGGCAAAGUUAGCCCGUACCGCGCCCUAUUACAAACGUAAUCUACCUCACAUCUGUUCAUUCUGGGUGAAGGGAGAGUGCAAACGUGGCGAAGAGUGCCCCUACCGACAUGACAAACCGGUGGAACCGGAUGAUCCGCUAUCAGAGCAAAACAUUCGCGAUCGGUACUAUGGUCGCAACGAUCCAGUGGCGGACAAGUUGAUGAAACGGGCCGCCUCGAUACCUACUUUAGAGCCACCGGAAGAUAAAACUAUUACCACGCUCUAUGUCGGCAAUCUGGGUGAACACAUAACGGAGGUGGACAUACGCGACAAUUUCUAUCAUUACGGUGAAAUCCGUUCUGUGUCACUGGUUCCGAGACAGCAAUGUGCAUUCGUGCAGUAUACUAAACGUGCAGCUGCAGAGUUAGCUGCGGAAAAGACAUUCAACAAGCUUGUGCUUGGUGGGAAGAAAUUAACGAUCAAGUGGGCACAUUCGCAGGCCAAAUCGACCGCUUACGCACAGAACACUACUCCCCGCGGUCCCGGAGGAAGUAACCGAAUCUUCGAUCCCGUACCCGGGCUCCCUGGACAAUUGCCCAUGCCUCCCAAUCCUACGGAUUACUUUAAUCUACAAGCAUCGGAAAUGGCCGUUUUGCCGCCGGGAAUGAAGAUACAUCAGCUGCCGCCGGGUUUGAUUCCAGGGGCGCCAAGUUAUGCAGCUAUGUAUCAGCAAACCGCUGGUGGUUCCUCCGGUAUUCCACCUCCAACAGGGGGUUCAAGCGGAAGUGAUGUCGGAACCAGCAGCAGUGCUGGUUCUGGUCAUUCUAUGAUGCCACCCUCAAUGCAUCAGCAGCAAUUGCACUAUCCGAGUCAGGAUCCUGCUCGGUUGGGAGCAUUGAAAAAAUAA